CCCGGAAGCUGUCGCAGUUAGUCCUCUAUGUAUUUCUGUAGACCUUAUUGACUUUCAAAGUGAUAGAACCAACAUGGUACUCAUCUAUCCUCUUCAAAUCGAACUUAACUUAUUAACAAAAUUGCUAUGGUGUUCAUGAGCUAACUUGCUUAUACUUUUACAAUGAUAUUUUGUUCUUCACCUUAGGAAGAGGUGUUCCGCGUUCUUGCACGUGUUAUAGAGCUUGAGAAUUCAAGGUGUGCAACUACCAAUUCAACUAUCAUCCACCUACUUCGUAUUCUAGGUUAAUAUUUUGACAAUGUUAUGUGACCAGUUAUAUUAUGUGUGGAAGAAAAAAUGUUUUAAUUAUUAGGUACUGAUAUAUGAUUGGCUUAAUUAAGCCAAUCAUGUUUUUCAUAUGUAUGUGUUAUCUAUAUAUAUUAUUUAUAUACAUCAACCAAAUGUAAAAAAUGUUGACAACCCUCCUAGGAUUUCUACUUAUCUACCGAGACAGUGAGACUAUUAUGUGAUUCAAUUAAAUGACAGUUUUUAUUUGUCAACACAAAGUAAAUCUUUGUUCUUGGUGGGAAAGAUGAAAAAAUAAUAGGGCAAGUCACAUAAACUUUAUAUAUAUAUUAUCUACAUAUAAUAUUUAUGCACAAAAAUAUAUUAUGUAGUAUUAUUCGUACCAAUCGGGCGGGUUCGGGUUGGGUUAAUCGGGUUCGGGUUAGUCGGGUUGCGGGUCAAGCGGGUUGUGGGUCAAUCGGGUUCGGGUCAAGCGGGUUGCGGGUCAAGCAGUUUGCGGGUCAAGCGGGUUAUGGGUCGGGCGGGUUGCCGGUCUUUGACUUUUAGUCUAAUCGGGUUGCGGGCGGGUCGCGGAUCGGGUUGGUUGGGCGGGUUACUCGGGUCGGGUCAUGUUUUGACACCUAUAGCUGUAAGAGAAACAUAUGGUUAAAGUUCAUUAAACUUACUGGAAAUCAUUAUAAUUGUCUCCAGAUUAUGUGUUCUGGAGAAUUUCCAGGUUUAUUGAUAUUUAUAGUAUUUGAUGUUUCUUCUUUUAUUUUUAUUUUUAUUUUAUUUAUAAAAGACUGUUUAAAUUCUGGAGAACCUCCCUUCCCGAAGAGGUUUUAAAUAUGUUGUUGCAAGCAAACGCUUCAACAAAGCGUCAGUCUUUGGAACAUAUUCGAAAUUAUGUUAUUUGGUUCAUCUUGCUAUAUUAGCUCCACAUCAUGAAAUGGUAUCGACAAUAAAUAAUUGUGUGAUAGAAAGGUUUCCAAAUGAUGAAGUUUGUUAUCAUAGUUAAGAUUCAAUUGAGGUUGAUCUUGCUAAGCCGCAUCAUAUAGAGAGAUUAUUCUAUGGAGUUUCCCAAUACAUUGAAAAUUAGUAAUUUCCCAUACCAAUCUUUUGGAUUGAAGGUUGGAUGCCCUCCAUUUUAUUGAGAAAUAUGGAUAAGGAUGAUUAUCAAGAGACUUGCACAUAAUUUAUUGAAGUGGAGAUUCAAACAGGUACUCAUCAUAUUGGUGAAAGAGUCUUUCUACCUCGGAUUAAAUUGUCUUCUCAUUACAAUAGGAUGGAUUUCACAUUGGUUAGGCGACAACAUCCUAUUGCAGUUUGCUUUGCUAUGACAAUUAACAAAAGGCAAGGUCAAACUUUAAAACAUGUCGGCCUUUGCUUGAAAACACAAGUGUUUUCUCACUACCGGUUUUUUGGAUUGAAGAUUGGAUGCCCUUCAUUUUAUUGAGAAAUAUGGAUAAUGAUGAUUAUCAAGAGAAUUACACAUAAUUUAUUGAAGUGGAGAUUCUAACAGGUACUCAUCAUAUUGGUGAAUGAGUCUUUCUACCUCGGAUUAAAUUGUCUUCUCAUUACAAUAUGAUGGAUUUCAGAUUGAUUAGGUGACAACAUCCUAUUGCAGUUUGCUUUGCUAUGACAAUUAACAAAAGGCAAUGUCAAACUUUAAAACAUGUCGGUCUUUGCUUGAAAACGCAAGUGUUUUCUCAUGACCAGUUUUAUGUUGCAUUAUCAUGAAUUACAGCACACCAUGGACCAAAGAUUUUAAACUACGGUUCAGAGGUGAAGAAUCGACCGCACCAUGGAACAAAGAUUGUCUUUGAGGAAUUAUUUUUUACUAAUAUUACAAAAUUAGAUACAAAUUACUUUUGGGAAGAUGAUUGAUAUUUAUGAUAGUUAUUAAUUCUUUACUUCCAUCAUAAUUAUAUUUGAUUUUAAAUAAUAAUUUGUUUGUUAUACAUGAGCAGUAGGUCUCCACACACUGAACCUUUUAAAUGAACCAAGUCUUAAAUAAACUUUGAAAAUGGACAACCUUUUGAAUUUCGACGUCAAACUCAAAAAUUAAAGCAUCGCUAAUUCAACAAGUGAGUACGCAAUUAUCAUGAUAGGGAAGGAUGAGGAAGAGCGGGACACAUGCGAUCUUCCUAACUUGAUCGAAGUAAAUUCUAAUUGCGUGAAAAUGAUUAUCAAUAUUAAUAAAAAAUUUGUGUUAUUUUCUAUUAUUCGUGUUAUUUAUACCAUGAUACAUAGUUAUAUUCUUUAACAUCUAGACAAAUGCUUUUAAUUAUAUAAUUUAAAAUUUAUGUUCCUUUAUUUUCCACUGGCAUGCCUGCAAUUGUAUACUUGAUUGUAUUAUAAGGCGUACACGUCUUCAACUUUAAUAUCAUGCACAAACUUAUGACUUAAACUUUUAAACCAUGCGCAAAUGAAACUAAGUUAUAUUUAUUUAAUCUAUAGACAAAUGAAUGUCAACUAUAACUUAAAAUCCCAAUGAAUUUUUUCUUCCUUUAGCACUAACAUGCAAGUAAUUGUAUCAAGUUAUAAUUUUAACUCAAAUAUAUAUUAAACACUUAUGAUUCGAUAAAACCAUAUCACAUGUUGUUCUUUUGAAUGUCCAUUAUAUUAAUGCAUAAUGCUAAUGCAUGAGAACAAUAAUUACACUGCUGACGGUGAAGGUACUGGAUCCGACGCUAGAGAAUAGAGAUGAUGAUGUUGACAAGAAGAAAACAUUGUUGAUGUAGAAGAUACAAAGACUGGAGAUCGGGAGAACGAACAAAACCUUGAUAUUGCUAAUAACUUGGGCGAGGUAAAUUCUAAUCCAAUAAAAAAUAUGAUUUGUAUUUAAAAAUAUAUUAACAUAAAUUUUAUUCAUCAACAAAAUAACGAAAAAAUCAAGAGAUUAUUGAAAUGCAAAAAAAGAAGGAAGAUGCAGACAUUAUUAUUGGCGAGAUGAAGACAUUACUAUUGGUAAAGAUGAUGUUAAUAUUUUUUAAUUGCAAAAUUAUUUUAACAAUUUAAAUUUUUUAUUCUAUUUAUCAAUUCAAAUGUUUCGAGUAUUUGAUUAAUUUAAAUUUUAUUAUACUACCAAAAAAAUGCUUAUCUCGGAUACAAAUUGUUAUUUGUUACUCUUGUCUAGGUGAUUGGAUACAUAAUUCGGCCAACUGACCGGGCUCGUGACUAGUUUUAAUAAAUUAACAUGCUUUGCAUUUUGAUAAGAUAAAAUUGCAAAUUCUCAUGGGCCAGGCCAAAGGCAGUGAACACUCACUCGACUUGCGAGGAAAAGAAGAAAAGAUAUUUUGGGUGAAAAACAGAACUCCUAGGGAUCAGACGAUCAGUGCAGUAGCGCUAGUUCAGUAGUUCACCUAGGGAUAAGAUGCACAAAACCUGAAAACCAUACAUUCUAAACCCAAAUCCCAAUCCCAAAACACCAUGAAUGCUCUGUUUUCAACCCAGAAACCAGCUCUUCACCAUGCUAAUCUACAUCCCUCCAAGCCAUCAAUUCCAUCCUCUCCCUUCCUUCGUCCCCACAAACCCACCAUCAACAAUCCAUGGAAGCUCAACGCCAACGCCAAGGGCUUCGGCGGCAGCGCCCGAGCACCACCACCACCACCAGCUCCAAUCAACCCACCAGCUAAAGAAUCCCCCUCCGGCGGAGGAAAGAAGAACAAAAACAACAACGACAGCGACGAGAUUCCGCAGGAAGUGUUCGAGAGAAUGACGGCGAGGAUAUUCGUCUCCGUGGGGAUACCGAUGGGGCUGGGGAUCGGUUUGCUGUACUUGAUUGGGUUUGUCAAAGAG